AUGAGUCUCAACAACAACACUCCCAGUAACAAUAUGAAUACACCACCAAAUACCUCCUCCUCAUCAUCAACUAACACGUCUUCAAAUAAUUUGCCUCCACCUCCUUCGUUAGUAAUGAAUGGUUCAAUUGAUGACCCAAUGGUGAUGAUGCAAAUGAUACAGCAAUGUAUGCAAUUGAAUAAUACCAAUCCGAAUCAAAAUAAUUCGAAUCAAAACAUAGACCCCAUGAUGAUGAUGAAAAUGUUACAAAUGUUCGGAGGUAUUCAGCCACCUCAACAACCGGUUGCUUCUAUGCUUUUGGCACCAACUCCCCCAUCCUCGUCUUCUUCGACAGCAAAUAAUUCCACAACGGCAUCCUCAUCAAAACAAUCGCCCAGUAUGCAACAACGAUCACCGUCUCCACCACCAAGGCCAUCAAGUCCGACUGUCAUUGAACAAGAUGAUGAAGGGUCGAUACCGGCUGAUAUUUUACUGGCACAAAAGUACAACCUUGUGGAGAAGAAGAAGAGAAAGAUGAGGUGCGGAAAGAAGAGAGGACCACAGGAAGAAUUUAUAUUUCAUCUUAAACUUGAGCAAGACAAAAAGAAGAAGAGACGAAAUGCCAAAUUAUUGGCUAAUGCGGCGGCUGCCCAACAACAACAGCAGCAACAACCAACAUCGUCGAGUUCAUCGUCACUUCCAAACGCUGCCUCGUCAACAAGUGUUUCCAACUCUAAGGCAUCUUCGAGUGAGACACCAUCGAAGCAAAAAAAGUCAUCGUCAUCGUCACUUGGAGGAACUGAACUUAAAACCAAACAGAGAAAAACAACAAAGAAAAUCGAGGCCACCAAAAAAAGCAAAUCCACUGAAAAUGCUGAAGCAAUGGCCCAAUCUAGCUCCAAUAAUACAGGAACUACAACAGAAUCGAACAUUGCUCCUAUUUCUUCCUCUACUCCAUCUCUUUCUUCCUUACCACCUUCAAUGGGAUCAAACAAUUUUAUUAACAAUAUUCCCUCGGAUCUUUUAAUGCCAAAAUUGACACCCUCAACAAAUGUAAACUCAACCACCAUAACACCGUCUUCAUCCUCAACAGGAAAUUUUCUCAAUGAAGAACUGGAUUAUUCUUCAUGGCAAGACGUGCCUCAAUUUCCAGAAAUUUCAAACCCCUAUCCUCCUCUUCAACAAAAACCAAAAGGCUGCUUUUAUGGAGACAAAUCAAGAGGGAAAAAAGUACAAAAGGUACCCAUCAGUCAAUCUAGCUCUAGACUUCAAAUUAUUAAUCAUAGGAAAAAAAAUUCAGUCAUUGGAUCAAUCAUAGAUAUUCUUGGAGAUGACAAAUCAAUUAUGAAUCACACAAUUCCAAGCAUGGUUACAUUAUUAGAUGGUUUUAUAGUCAAAGUUAAUGAAGCCAUGAAAGAUAUGUUGGGAUUUUCAAAUGUAGGAGAGAUAGAAUUUCAAGCAAUGGUUCAAAAUUUUCUUCAUCCACAAGAUGUCAUUAAACAUGACAUUCUGCUAUUACAAAUGCUUAGUACGAAUACGGACUCAUGCAAACAUCCCAUUAGAUUUGUGAAUAGAAUAGGAAAAUGCGUACUAUUAGCAACUGAAUUUUGCUGCAUCAGAAAUGAGCUAGGUUUACCUCAAUGGAUAGUAAUUAGGUUAUCACAACCAAACCUCAAGAUUUCAAAUAUCGAAGAAUAUGUACCUCAGUCACAGCUAGAGUUUUUGCGGCCAGAUUAUGAUUUGAAUGUUAUUACCAGAGAAUCGUUGCUUCAAGACAGCUCAUUCACAUUUCAACAAAUGUUUUUGAAAAUUUUAGAGAGACUUUUUGGAUCAAAGCAACCAACGUGUUUUUAUGACAGAAAUGCUGUGAUAUUAUGGAACAAUGAACGAUUUGAUAACCUGUUUAGUGCUAACAGAAAAAGCUUUUUUGGAAGAAGGCUUUACGACAUUCCAGAAAUGAAAGGCACCAUCAUGGAAAUUUUGGCAAACACCGUGUUAUUGGAUCUGCCAGAUAAGCUGGAGGCUCAAAUGUCUCCUGAUUCCUCACAAUCCAGUGAGUCCAACCUCAAGAUGAAUUGCUACGGACAAAAAGUGACAGAAAGCAAUGGCUCAGUGUUUGGUUAUGUUUGGAUGUUUAGCAUUUGUCAAGAAGAAGCUGCUGCUACUGUGGCGACGACACCAGCACAAGAAGAAUCGACUGUUGCAAUGACUCCUCAACCUCUGCCAAGUGACACCUUUGGCUCACCUGGUGCAGAAUACAAUUUUUUUGACAAUGUGAGCAAUGGUGAUUCUAUCUUUGAAGGCUGGUACAAGAAACCAGAUAAAUGA